CCCCUUUUUUUUUUCAAUCUUUUUCUUUCUCCUAUUUCAAUUUUAUUAUUAUCAUUUUUUUGUACUUCUUCUUCUUAUUUUUAUAAACAAAUAAACUAUUUAUAAUGGCACACAGACUUGGUGGACGUAGAAAGAAUGUAAAAAAAGGAUUCCAAUUUACUUUAAUGGUAGUUGGUGCAUCGGGUACUGGUCGUACGACAUUUGUGAAUACUCUUUGUGAUGAUUGUGUAUUAGUUAAAAAGGAACUUGACAAUCCUGAAGAUGCACAUAAUGAAGAGGGAAUUAAUAUUAAACCUGUUUCUGUUGAAUUGGAUGAAGAUGGUGUUAGAAUUUCUUUAACUAUUGUUGAUACCCCAGGCUUUGGUGAUAACAUUGAUAAUGAAGCAUGUUUUCAUGAAAUUGUUGCUUAUUUAGAAAAGCAAUAUGAUGAUAUUUUAGCAGAAGAAUCUAGAAUUAAACGUAAUCCUCGAUUCCGUGAUAAUCGUGUUCAUGCUCUAUUGUAUUUCAUCGCACCUACUGGCCAUGCAUUACGUGAAAUUGAUAUUGAAUUAAUGCGUCGCCUAAGUCCUCGUGUAAAUGUGAUUCCUGUUAUUGGUCGUGCUGAUUCACUUACUCCUCAAGAGCUUAUAGACUUUAAGAGAAGAAUUAUGGAAGAUAUUGAACAUUAUAACAUUCCUAUUUAUAAUUUCCCUUAUGACAUUGAGGAAGAUGAAGAAGAUACUAUUGAAGAAAACAGUGAAUUAAGGUCUCUUUUACCUUUUGCUAUUGUUGGUAGUGAAGAAGAAAUUGUUGUCAAUGGACGUACUGUUCGUGGUCGUCAAUAUCCUUGGGGUGCAGUUGAAGUUGAUAACCCUAAGCAUUCUGAUUUUGGACGUUUAAGAUCAGCUUUAUUAAGUUCUCAUUUACAAGAUCUUAAAGAAAUUACACAUGAUUUCCUUUAUGAAAAUUAUCGUACUGAGAAACUAAGUCGUACUGUUAAUGGUGGUGACCAGGAAGAUGCAUCUUUGAAUGCAGAAGAUAUGGCAACACAAAGUGUCAGAUUGAAGGAAGAACAGUUAAGAAAGGAAGAAGAGAAGCUUCGUGAAAUUGAAUUGAAGGUUCAACGUGAAAUUCAAGAAAAGAGGGCGGAACUUUUAAGUAAAGAGGAAGCUUUACGUAAUUUGGAAGCUAGAUUAGCACAAGCGCAAUUAGCUGAUUAACUCAUUUAUAGUAGUAGUAGUAGUAGUAGUAGAUAGUAUACUUUUAUUAAUUUAAUAUAUAUAAAAGAAAAAAAAGAAUUCUUGAGAAUUAUUUCUUUAAAGGGUUAUUUUUUUUGUUAGUCAACUUUUUCUUUCCAAGAGGUGGAUUUUUAUUAAGAAUUUGACAUUGUUUAACAAUGUAAUUAGAUGCAAUAGAUCUAGAAUAUUAUUAUUUCUUUAAUCUUUAUCAAAAAAUGUAUUAUGUUAUCAUAUACAUAUUACGGAGUCACUCUUC